AUGAUGAACACAACCUCCGUCCGCCGCAACCUCUUCCAUGGGAACCUCAGCCGCCGACCGGCCUCUGCAGGACCGCCUAACGGGGUCAUCCCUUCGAACCCCAACGGCGUCUCCAACCGCCCCUCGAACCGACUCAAGCCGACAUCUUCAGACUCAGGUCCCCAACCCCGGCCCCCUAGGGCUGAGAAUAAGGAUAUUGUGGUUAGAGAUAAGAACGGCGCCUAUAAACUUGAGGUGCCCACCUUGCCGCCUAUUCUGAUUGGCGAGGAUGGCGAGGAGCUGGUCGAGAUGGAAGAAAACUUCAAUCCGGCAGAGCUGACUGGUCGGGAGAAAGAGAAAUUUGAGCAGGCACUUAUGGAGAUGAUGAUUCGACACCGAAACCGAAUGUCAGAUGACGAGCCUGAUGAGAUCCUUGACAUGGUACACGAAAGUUUACGCAAGAAAGUGGCUUCGUUGGAUGAUGAUAAUUGGAUGUUUGAGCCCGAGAAAGACACCUUCUCGAAUUAA